AUGUCUGUCAUGGUGUGGAAGCUGCUGCUGCUGCUGCUGCUGCUGCUCCAGGCUGGGUCCACGUUCCAGGCUAGGAAGACAGAGGUGAUUUUAGCCUAUAAGGUGAUCGGAGAGCCGUGUGCACACAAUUCUGAAUGUCAGAGUGACUGCUGUGUCACUAACAGCUUGAACCCGCAGAAGUUCUGCACACCCCAGACCGUGUUCUUGCAAUGUUUACCCUGGAAGAAGCCGAAUGGACAUUUCUGUGAAGAACACUUGGAAUGCUACAGCAACUGCUGCAUCCGGACUGGCGACAGCCCUAACAGGUUCUGCUCAGCAAAGACCAUCUUCUUGCAGUGUGUAUCUUGGCGCAAGCAAGAAGGGGACAAAUGCCAAAGCCACUCAGAGUGCUGGAGCCUAUGUUGCCUCCCGCUGAGUGAGACCAGCUCUCCCCACUGCACAAAGAGAACUGGGCUCUUGGCCUUGUGCCUGCCAGUGACUCCUCAUGACCAGGGCCCUGGACCUUAG